AGGGGCAGGCCCUGGCAGCCCCCGAGGCACUGUGUUGGGAAGGUUAUUGCAGCUGUCAGAGCGCGUCUUCCUCUCCCCGGGAGCGCCAGUGUGCCUGCGGGGAGGCAGCGCCCGGUCUCCACCGGGACCAGCAAGCUGAGGGCGGGGGGGGAGGCCUGUAGAGCACGGUUGGCUCCGGAACCAGGAGCCCUGGCGGGCGCCAUACUAGAAACUAAAAUGGCUGCCCCGGGGAAGGGAGCUCAGCUCGGGCCGUGAGGGGCUGCGCCUCCACCCGCCUCACCGACCAGGGACGUCGCCUCGCCAGGCACACCUCGGACAGAAAUACAGUUCCCGCUUACCUGCUUCCAGUAACAAAGAAACUAUUUCUGAGCCGAACAGAAAAAUGAUAAAGUUUUUUCUCAUGGUGAACAAACAAGGUCAAACGAGACUCUCCAGGUAUUAUGAACAUGUGGAAAUUCAUAAGCGGACAAUGCUGGAAGCUGAAGUAAUCAAAAAUUGCCUUUCCCGUUCAAGAGAGCAAUGCUCUUUCAUUGAAUAUAAGGAUUUUAAGCUGGUGUACCGACAAUAUGCAGCCCUUUUCAUAGUGGUUGGAAUCAAUGAAACAGAGAAUGAGAUGGCUGUAUAUGAACUAAUUCAUAAUUUUGUGGAGGUUUUGGACAGAUAUUUCAGCAGAGUGAGUGAAUUAGAUAUAAUGUUCAACUUGGAUAGAGUGCACAUAAUUUUGGAUGAAAUGGUGUUAAAUGGCUGCAUCGUGGAAACCAACAAGAAUAGAAUUCUUGCACCUCUAUUUGUUCUUGACAAAAUGGCAGAAAGCUAAAAAGAAACAAGCCUACUGAGGAAUGUAUUUUACAAAGCAUUCUGAAAACCCCACAACAUCCCUACAGCUAUUUUCUGAGACUUCCUAAGGUGAAAUCUUGCAGUAUUUUCAACUGGCUGGAACAUAUUGAAGCAAAGAAAUCUAAUGCAUAUUCCCUCUUCCUUUCUCCUCCAAUUCUAGAAAAAAAUAUGCCAUGCCAACGUAAAGGUAAAAAUUGGGAGGGGGAGGAACUAACAGGAACUUUUUCAAAGAGGCAAAUGUCAGUUGACACAGCACUUGUCUUUCUAAAAAGUAACCAUUUUGUUUUAGUAUUUGUAAUUCUGUUAGGGGAAAAAUAUUCAUGAAGCCUUGUAUGUCUGUGACUAUGCAUUAUAUUACAAGUGCUACAUACGCUGUUGUACUGUAGACAUUUACUACAGCAAAAGAAAGGGUUUUUCAGCUGCAGUAGUAAAUCCACCUACUUGAGAGGCAGGACCUAGUUGUGUCUAUAGUGGAGUUUAGACUUAACUAUAUUGCACAGGGUAUGAUAUUUUUCACAGCCCUGAGUGAUGUAGCUAGGUCAACUUAAAUUUUAGGUAUGGACCAGGCCUCACCUCAUUCAUUCCAAAAAAAGGGGGGGGGGGGGGCGCUAUAGGGAUGGAGAAGAUGAGUUAGAAAAUAUUAGUAUAAUUCCAAGUUGUUUCCAUAAGUAUGUAUCUUAAGCUCUUUAACUUCUGUACCGAUAUGACCAAUCUUCUACUAGGUCCAGUCUUCACAAGGACAAGUUUAUCUUAUAUGAUUUUGUAUACAACAGAGUGUCAAGUUUGUGUUCACUCAAAUACUAUAGUGAUGGCUGUAAUAAAGGUUACUGAAUACUACGGAAGUUGUAACUAAAUGAUUUGGACACUUAAUUCUGUUAAUAAAAGAAUCAGAAUGAUAAAUCAAAGGUUAAUUGUUCUUUAUCAUACUCAAAAGGAAGUUGCUACUUUAGUAGUUUAAUUUUCUUAGUGUAAUGUUUUAGUAUUUUGCUUAUAAACUUGAAAAUAAAGGUUCUCCUUUUCACUAUGGUA